CAAAAUGGCGGCCUCCAUGAGUAAACAUAUUUUUUGUAUCGUGUGAGCGUUUAUAUUAUUUUAUUCUCAUUCGAAGUCAUACAAAAUGUUUAUACCAGUAGACAAAAAGAAUCCACGGUCAUUUGAAGGAUAUACCUUAAUCUUGCCAGCAGUAUCAGUGGGAAAUGUAGGACAACUAGCAGCUGACUUGUUGAUUUCCACCAUGUGGCUGGACAAAUGUGGCUUCAUCUAUCAUGACAGUAUCCUGCCCUUGGUUGGAAAUGAUCCUUUUGCCCAUCCAGAAGCAGAUGUCUGCAAAGUUGUUACUGCAUGUGAGGUGUAUGAAAGUAAACUAGAUCAGCUGGUUGUUAUUCAACAGAGGGCUCCCUUUGUAAAGGGAAAGAUGCCAAGUUUUCGACGCUGGUUGAUAAGUUGGAUUAAGGAAAAUAAGUUUGAGAAGGUCGUCAUUCUCAGCAGCAUGCAUGCACAUGAACGACUUGAUGUUCAGUUACAAGGGUCCCAAUUUAGGUAUGUAGCCACCUCUGAUAUAGAAGACAAACACAAAGAAAGGUUUUGUCACGAGGCUCUACAGUGGAAACCUUUAGAACAAAGACCCUGUUUGACUGAGUCUGGAAAGACAGAGGAUUCCCUCUAUCUCCCUGGGGGUGGCAUUGCCAGAACCCUGUUUGAUGAAUGUUCUAAGGAGAGUAUACCUGCUGUUGUCCUCCUUGUGUUUUGUGCAGAAGGAGACAAUGCUCAGGAUGCUGUUAGAUUAGCUUACAACCUCAACCUGUGGCUAGAUUUCAUUGAUUUUAAGCCCAAAUAUGAUUUGGAUGGAAAGACCAUUAUAAAGCCUGCCUCCACAUGGAAAAUUCCUUCAUCUUGGAGACUUUUGUUUGGGACAGCUGUGGAUCAAACUUUAUUUCACUAAUUUUAA